ACCCUAUGCACAACACCAAGGAGAAAGCCUCCUCCUCCUCAAAAACACUGACGCUAUUCCCCUUAACUCCUGCUCAGGCCCAAGCUCCUUGUGUGAACAAGCAGAAGCAGAGCAUCAAAUGCCGCUUCUGCGGCCGCGAAUUCUCCAAUUCUCAAGCGCUUGGUGGCCAUCAAAAUGCUCACAAGAGAGAUCGUCAAAGAGCACACCACUUUCUUCCCAUUCUCAUCCCUCAUCAUCAACGGUUCAUACCUACAGCAGCUUCCCCUAAUCAUAUCAUGGCGGUUGCACAUGGGCUUGUUCCUCCUCGUGGAUCACCAGCAGCUUCUCAUGAACCGCCAGUAUGUGGUGCAUGGGUCGCACAACCAGCUUUUGCCUAUGUGAUCCCUGAUGAUGAGGGGCCACCUUUUGUAACAAGACCAAAUGGGGCAGGCACGUCAAGAACUACUGGGCCUUUCACACAACAAGUACAGAACCUUGAUGGUGAUGUUGAUCUUAACUUGAGUCUAGCUAGUAGCUAGUGCCUUGCUCUCUCAUAAUUCUAUGGAUAAGGAAUUGAGUGAAUGAAUUGAAAAUUAAUUAUUUUAGCAUGUUUGAAUCAACUUCUCUAUAUUUACUGUUGAUUAAAUUGAUCAUUUCUGAAAUCUAGCUAUCAGAAAGUUUUUCUACGUUAUUGAUUUUAAUUUAAGAAUCAAUUGUUGAAGAAUUUCAAAAUGUGCAUUAGGAAGUCUUUUCAGUGUGUACUUGUGUUUCCUUUGAUCUUAUCCUUUUAUUACCUGGUGUAUAUAGGAGAUUGUAC